AUGUCUUCUCUAUUAAAACCCCUUCGCUUCUCAUCUCUCGAAGAAACAAACAUAGGCAGCAGGAAGCCACUGUUGCUGCUGCUGCAGCUGCCGCUGCUGCUGCUGCAGCUGCAGCUCCUACUGCUGCGGCUGCCGCUGCUGCUGCUGCUGCCUUUGCUGCUGCUUCUGCUGCAAGGGGGCCCGCAGGGGGUCGGCUGCUUCCGCAUCAUUGGCAGUUCGCCUAACAGCAGCAGCAGCAACAGCAGCAGCAGCAGCAGCAGCAGCAACAGGGGAACACCGGAUUUAAGGGGCCCCCUGAGAGUUUUGCUUCCUUCAGCGCCGAGCAGAUGCUGCUAUAGGGGGCCCCUUACAUUGUUGGGGGCCCCCUAUAGAGGGGGGGGCCCCCGUGUUUGCUGUUCAGCGCUGCAGCAGCCUGUGGGGGGCCCCCUAUUCGCAGCAGCAGCAGCAGCAGCAGAAGCAACAGCAGCAGAAAUUCUCUCGCCUGAACCACGAGAGGUACCCCAACACAUUGAGAGGCCUCCAUACGCGCAGCAGCAAGCAGCAGCAGCAGCAGCAGCAGCAGCAGCUGAAGAAGAUGAAGAAGAAGACGAAGAUUAUUCAAAACAGCCAAUGCCCCCACCGCUAACCCCUGAGGAGAUUGACAGGCUGCGUGAUGCCUGUCGGCUGACCCGUUUUGUGUUGGAGUGCGCAAUGGGCCUCAUCUCCCCUCCUCCCUCUCCAGACCAGCAGCAGCAGCAGCAGCAGCAACAGCAGCAGCAACAGCAGCAGCAGCAGCAGCAGCAGCAGCGGGAGGAGUUACGAGGGAACGGUUACGUAUGGCGGGGCCCUUGUGCAGGUGUAUGGUCUGAGCGUUGGCUUGCAGCAGCAGACAAAGUUGCUGCUGCAGUUGUUUCUUCGGGCUUGCCUCUCAGCGGUUUGCUGCUGGAUUACUUUGCGCAUAAUUUGUCUGUCUCCUUGGGAGCCUAUCCAUCGUCUCUUCAUUAUAAAGGCUUCAAAAGAAGCUGCUGCGUCUCCCCCGACCAUAUACUCUGCCACGCUCUGUACCUACCGCAGCAGGGGGCCCCGGGGGCCCCUGGGGGCCCCCUUCCUACUCGGGCGGAGCUGCAGCAGAAGCAGCAGCUGCUAGCAGCAGCAAAAACUGCAGCAGAGAGAGGCAUACAAGCCUGCAGAGAAGGUGCCCCGUAA